AUGAAGCCAAAAAAUGCUUUUGGUAAGCAGUACAAGAAAAUGUUCAGCAUGAAUGGGACACCAAGAUUGGAAUCUUAUGGUGUAAAUGCAGUUUUGGAUGAUGAAGAAGCUGUUGGGUCAGCGGAUGAAACAGGAUGUGGAGCUAAAAUUCCUUAUGGUGAUGGUGAGCUGGACAGGUUUCUUGCGAAAAGAACAUUGAAGGAUUUUGUGGUAUGUUCUCCUGAUGCACCCUCCUUGUAA